GCUGUCUUUUUCGGAGAGGACCUUGGAUGAGCUGACCUCCUUCCUCUCACAUGCGGGGCAGAAGGAUCCCGCCUGUCGUCUACAAGGCCGUUGGUUGGCGCCUUCGCCAAAUCCUGCUUUUGUGCGGCGGGCAGCCAUCGAGUUGCUGGCUGCCUGUGCAAAUGACGCCAAGACCAUAGUGGACAAGGCGUGGCCCCUGUUGCAGCAUCCGUGGGAAGAGGUGAGGAUCGCCGCUGUGACCGUGCUUGGCGAAACAGCAUCGGGAGAGUCGGGAGAUCAAGCAGUCAUCGCCGAGCUCACCAAGUGCAUACAAUCUGGGUCAGUUGCAAUGACACAGGCUGCGGUCACGGCACUUGGCAAGGUGGGCAAAGGCAACGAAGAGGUCAUCUCCACCCUCAGAUCAUGUCUUUCGCACGCAGACGUCUGGGUGCAGAGCAGCGUCCCUGGAGCCUUGAUGUGCGCAGCUGGCUCCAGUGCUCUGGAGGACCUCAUGAAGCUGAGCGUGCAUGGUGAUCCUGAGGUAGCUGAAGCCGCGAUGGAAGCCUUGCCUCCUGGAGAUGUCGGGGCCAUCGCCGCUCGGGCUUUGGACCACCAGGAUCCUUACAUCCAAGCCGUGGCCGGAAAGCUGCUUUUGAAGGUACAUCACAUGCCCAUGUGGACCAGUGCAGAUGCGUGUUUGAAGCUACUAGAGGAUGAGCCGAAACAUGCACCGGAGGUGCCCUCCGCAGAGAUCUUGGCAGCAGUUGUGGCAGCUGCACAGCGUCGAGAGCUCUCGGAGAGGAAGCAAAUCUGCAUCGGUUUUCUGUAUGCUCUCGGUGUCUGGCAGCAACACCAGGAGGCGAUUGACGUGCUGCAGCAGCUUAUCAAGGAAAAGCUUUGGCAACCUCUGGAUCAUGCCCAGGAGGCUUUGCGGCUCAUGCUCGAAAGGCCUAAGCCAAAGCUCAAGAAGAUAUACAAGGUGAAGUGGACUUCAUCCUUGCUGGAAAUCUCCGAGGGCGAACUGCCAUAUCCAUGUCGGGACGAUGAACAUGCCAAGUUCUGGAAUGCUUACAGAGUGGAGGGCUUCCAGGCCCAUCUCGGUCAGAGAGACACCCUGGAGACUGGCGAAGGGAGCUAG